AGGCUGGGGAACGGACGAGGACGCCCUCAUCAGCGUGCUCUGCAGUCGGAGUAACGCCCAGCGCCAGCAGAUCGCCGCUCAGUACAGCAGGGUCUAUGGAAGGAGUCUGACCACGGACCUGCGCUGGGACCUGAGUCACCACUUCGAGGCCGUGAUGCUGGCCCUGCUGGUGCCGCCGUACGAGUUUCUGGCGCAGCAGCUGCACAGGGCGACGGACACGUCUGGGCACGGACGAGGACGUGCUGUACGAGACGCUGAGCAUCCACAGCAACGCCGAGAUACGCGUCAUCAAGGACACCUACCGGAGGAUGUACGGUCGGUCCCUGGAGCAUGCCGUCCGCGCCGACUUCGCCUCCCACUUGGAGCGGCUGAUGCUCGCUCUGCUGCAGGCGAACCGCGACGAGUCCGAUCACGUGGACCAAGAGAGGGCUGUCACCGACGCGCAGAGGUUCUACGAAGCCGGCGAGGGGAUGAUGGGCACGGACGAGGACACGUUCAACACAAUCCUGGUGGCGCAGAACCCUGCCCAGCUGCGGGUACUGAUGAUGGAGUACCAGAAACUCUCCGGGAGGAGUCUCAUCGAUGCGAUAAAGAGGGAGACCAGUGUGAACUACCGCGCGACGCUGAUGGCGAUUGUCCUCAGCACCCUGGACCGAACGGCCUACCUCGCCGAAAGGAUUUGGAAUACGAUGGAGGGAUUUGGCACUCGUGAGAACGAUCUCAUCCGGCUUAUCGUUUCGCGCUCCGAGAUAGACCUGGCCAACAUCAAGCAGGAGUACCACAGACUGCACCGACGCUCGAUGGAGAGCUCCAUCGCGGCUGACACGUCGCGCUACUUCGAAAAAGCGCUGCUCAUGAUCGUCAAGGGCAACUGAGGGCGUUGUCGUCGCACACCCGCGCGCGCGCCGUGUGCCGCCCCAAAUGGGCGGUAGAUGGCGCUGGUGGUUCUUGGAGACCAGUGCCUCGUCUGUGCGCAGCAGCCAUGCAGACGUCAUGUCAUCGGCCAUGUCUCGAUGGUAGUGCGAAGCGAGCUGGAGAGGCGAUCGACGCCAUCUUGGCACGUGCCAAUGCGGCGCUUAAUGGAGCUUUCCAUGAAAUAUUAUGAUUAAUUAUCACCGCUAAGCUGCUUAAGCCUAUUUUUAACAAUGCUUACAAUCGACUGCCUUCAUGUGUAAAAGAUGCACAGGAUUCAGCCGCUCGUUAUGAAUAUUUGCGUGCUGCAGAUGCUUCGAACCGUAUAACUAUGUGCCGUUUGUAGGAAAUGAGUUGGCGUAAUUUGUAUUGUGCGUACAGCUCCCAAAGCUAGUGUUUUAGUAUAAAAGCUGGCUGUGUGGAAUUAUAAUAUGUAUUCAGGUAACGUGGCCUGGAAGCAAUGAAGGCGUCCAACCUGUCACCGCAAUGC